AUGCUCUGUUGGAUACUGCUAUCUCUGCUGCUCUUCUGCAGUGUUCAUGCCAAACCCCCCGGGGUCGGCCAGCGUCCUCCGCCAUGGAUCCAAUACGACGUUCCUCGCGACUUCAGCAAUCCAUCCGGUCUUGCUCGACCGUAUUUCCGGUACUGGGUGCCCGACGCCGAUAUCGAGGAUGCCGUCCUGAAGGACGACCUCGCGCAGAUGAAGGCCCACGGCUUCCACGGCGCCGAAGUCAUCUGUCUCGAGAACUAUGGCAUCGAACCCGCGGUCGUCGACCCAGCCCUCUACGGCUACGGCGGAAAACGAUGGUAUCAGAAGUUCAACACCAUCCUGACCACCGCGCAGAGACUCAACCUGACCGUCGACUUCGCCUUGGGGCCGACGCAGGGCGCUUCCAUCCCCAUCCUCGACCCCGACACCAAGGGCAUGAAUACCGAGCUGGCCUACGGCCAGGUCAACUUGACGUCGGGCCAGACGUUCUCCGGAUCGCUGCCUCCCCCGGCAAACACCUACGCGGGAUAUGCGAAUAAGCCGGAUUUCUAUCCCCCGGAGGUGAACUAUACGAACACGUUCGUUGCCGCGGUUGUGGCGCGGAGGAGCAAGACCCCCUCGCCAGACCCCCGAGUCACCCAACUCGACUACGACAGCGUCGUCGAUCUCACGCCGCACGUCGUCAACGGCCAGCUGAACUAUACCGCCCCGGCCGACGGCAACGAGUACAUCCUGUUCUCCUUCUGGCAGCGUCGGACCGGCUACCUGGCGGCCCAGGGCGCGUUCAACAACGCCACCAACCCGGACAACCCGGCGUCCUGGUUUGCCUACGUGGUCGACCACUUCAGCCAGGCAGGGACCGACCUGUGGACGUCGUUCACGGAGCAGUAUGUCAUGGCGGGCGAGAACGGCGACCUGCUGCGUCAACUGGGGGUGUAUGCCUGGGAGGAUUCGGCCGAGUUCCGCGCGACGCUGUUCUGGACGGACGACUUCAUCGCCUAUUUCAACCAGUCUCGCCACUACUCGCCUGUGAAAGCGCUGCCGGCGUAUUUCGGCACGACCAAUGUCCCGCCGAGCACCCUCCCCAACUCGUAUUACUAUUUCAGCUUUGUGGACGCCAACAACACGGAUAUCAGCGCCAAGCUGCGCAACGACUACCGCCAGACGCUCCAGGAGCUCUACGAGACGUACCAUCUGGACGGGCUGUCCAAGUGGUCUGCGAAAUGGAAUCUCCAGGGCAGCGUGCAGCCGUAUGCCACGGCGCCCAUCCUCGCUCCCCCGUGGGAUAUGAAUUCGGCGGCCGCGCACAUCGACGCCCCCGAGACAGAAUCCAACUACUUCGACGGCGUGAUCGACGCCGUGCGCGCGAUGGCCGGCGGCGCCCUGCUGGGCCAGAAGCAGAUCUUCUCGACGGAGCUGGGGGCGCACCGCUACGAGGCAUACGCAAUCACCUGGCCGGUUAUCCUCAACGACUGCAAGAUCAGCUACGCGGGCGGCGUGAACCGCAUCGUGCUGCAUGGCUAUCCGUACUCGGGCUGGCGUCCGGACGCCGAAUGGCCUGGUUUCACGACGUUCGAAUGGCUGUAUUCCGAGAUGUGGGGUCCUCGCCAGCCGGCCUGGCAGUACUCGAGGCCGUUCGGCGACUGGAUUGCGCGGACGCAGCUGAUUCUGCAGACGGGAGUGCCGCGCGUUGAUCUGGCCAUCUACCGGCAUAAGUACAUCGACGUCGACAUCAAGCAUUACGGAAUCCCGGAGAAUCUCUUUGGCCAUCCGUCCCUGGCGGCGGCGGGGUAUUCGUACGUCGGGGUGAGCCCGUCGAUAUUGACGUUGGACAACGCUAUUGUAACCGACGGCCUCCUGGCGCGCGACGGCCCUGGCUUUUCAGGAUUCAUCAUUGACAAUUCGACCAAUAUCACCGUCGAAGCUGUGACCAGGUUUCUGGAGUAUGCGGAACAGGGCUUCCCCAUCAUCUUCGUGAACACCGUGCCUGACACCACGCCGUAUUACUGCCCGUCCUGCGACGAGUUCGUGCGGGCGUCCAUCCCCAAACUCCUCCGGUAUCCCAGCGUCAAGACGGCCUCGUCGGAAGCAGAGGUCCACUCCAUCCUGCUGAACGAUCUCAAAGUCGUCCCGACGGCGCAGAAUCUCUCCCCAGUGCCCAUCUUGUAUGUCCAUCGCUGGGAUGAGCUGAAUGGGGUCGACUACUUCUGGACGUACAAUUCCGAUAUCUACAAUGACCAUGAGACAGAGGUCUCGAUUCGGGUGACCAGCAAUCGCAGCACAACCAGGGUCAUUCCAUACCAUCUCAACGCCUGGACUGGCGAGAUCACGGCCGUCCUGAACUAUACCAUCGUCAACGAGCGAUUCAACCUCUGGGUGUUGCUCAAGUCGAAUCAGUCCACAAUCUUCGCAUUCGCUCCGGAAGGAUUCUUUGCCAACGUCCCUGUUCCGCCGGUGCAUGUCGUGAACACGACCGUUCCAUACCUGCACUAUUCAGCAUCUGGCAAGAAACUCAUUGCACGGACCUAUCUCGACAGCAGAGGUGAUGCACUCACCCUCAGCGACGGCCGGACCUUCCGGUUCAACAAGACUUCUGCUCAUCCGCGUGAUAUCGCCCUCGGACCGUGGAAUCUGACCGUGCAAGACUGGGAGCCCAACCCAGACCCGACGAAGAAUUACACCUCAGUGUACACCUACCACUCGUACACGGCGCUUCCGUCGGCACUCGUCCCGUGGUACAAUAUUUCCGGACUGGAGCACACGUCUGGAAUAGGCGUGUACACAAGCAGCUUUACCUGGCCAGUCGUAGCAACGACGAAGACAAACACGACGACUACGACGACUCCGGAAGCAGCAGCAGCAGGGGCAUACCUCUCCCUGCCGCGACCAAUCUUCCACACCGUGCUCGUGCAGAUAAACGGCAAGGAAACACCCCCGAUCGACGUGGACGACCCAGUCGUCGACAUAACGCCCUACCUUCGCAACGGGACGAACGCAGUCCGCAUCGAGGUCGCCAGCACCCUGCGCAAUCGCCUGCUGGUCUUCAACAACACGCAGAGCUGGGAGCAGUCGCAGUAUGCGGACAGCUAUGGUCCGCAGCCGUAUGGGUUGGUAGGGACGGUGAAGUUGGUCCCGUUUCGGGAGGUGGAGAUUGCGGUUUGA